CGACAUUUCCCUCCUUAGAGCUGCGGCUAUAAAAGGGGCGGAGCCGAGCGCUCCAACUUUCGCUGGAACCAGUCCGUCUGUUCUCGGAGCUCCUGAGAUGGAGAACACGAAGGCGAUCCUCCCGCUCUCUUCUCCCUCUGAAUCCCUAGUGCCCGACGGGGAAUCCCUUAUCUCAGCUCUCCUUUGCGAUGUGUCACAGCAGCUGCAGAUAGCUAUCCAAAACAUGCUUAAGAUGACCAGUGAGAUUGAUCAAACCUCUGCUGAGAUAAUGGAAGAAAUAGAGAAGUCCAAGGAGUCUGCAGGUGUUAAAAAUAAGAUCUUGGAGGAAGAGAAAGAACGAUUCCAGAAAGCUGCUAUUGCUGUGUUAGAGAUGCUGAAUGGCAGCGAUAUCAAUUAAGAUCUGUCCACUGUCACUUCAUGAAGCAUCACAUGUUUUUUCUGAUUCCAUUCUUCUUUCUGACUAGAGCCAUUCAUGUCAUAAGGUGAACUAUAUGAAUAGUAGUUUGGCCUUUGAACAGCGACACAUAUGCAAGGUUGUCCUUUUGUGCAUGAUUUUCGUAUAAUCAAUUAAAGACAUAAUUUUUAGUUUGAAGGCUACUA